CAGCGACCUACAACAUUUAUGACGUAACUUCCGCCUGUUAGCACAACAAAGGAAGCUAACUUUGUAGCAGCGAAAAUGAGUCUUUUUUUGAACAAAUUAGCUUGCAAAAGAGACAUAGAUGAAGUCAUCAAAAGUGUAGCAGAAAAAGUUGUGGUUUUGAGGUUUGGGAGGGACGAAGACUCCGUUUGUCUGCACCUCGAUGAAAUUCUGUCAAAAACCGCCCAUGACUUGAGCAACAUGGCGUCCAUCUACAUCGUUGAUGUGGAUAAAGCUCCCAUCUACACGAGAUACUUCGACAUCAGUUACAUCCCCUCCAUUGUCUUCUUCUUUAACGGACAGCACAUGAAGGUGGAUUAUGGUUCUCCAGAUCACACAAAGUUUGUUGGCAGCUUUAAGACCAAACAAGAUUUCAUGGAUCUGAUUGAGGUCAUAUACAGAGGCGCCAUGCGUGGGAAGAUGAUUGUGCAAAGUCCCAUCGAUCCUCGAAAUAUUCCCAAAUUUGACCUCCUAUACCACGGAAUUUAAAACGAACACCCGCACAAUGCAGCCUUAAGGUCAUUAUGAUUUCCAACACGUGUUUGAUUGAAAAAAUGUGUGUUUUGAUAAAAUAGGUUCUGCUAAUUUAUUUAAUAUAUGCCUUGUUAAAAUGCACUCAUGUUGACGUUUCCUAUGGAAAAGAGUGAGACACAAUAAAAUCGAUGUACAUGCUCAGUUUUUUUUAUAAUAAACUUCUUUUUUAAUCUUGCCUCAUUAAUCACAAUCUCAAGAGCACCAGUUAAAGUAAAAUGGCCAACUGAAUACAAUUUCUGGAUAACUGACCAAAUAAUCGAUUCAAGAUUAAUAGUGAUAUGAGUCGUACUUGCAGCCCGACAGAAUACACCAAACCUGUUGGAAUUAAGAUUUGCUGAUAUGAAAUAGCUGUCUUUGGUUGAUGGCCGAUGCUACUGCUGGGCGAUGACAGAAUAUGGAAUCAUACCAUCUUUCUGUGUAAACAUUGUCAAUAAACCGCACAUGCUACUGUGAAACACAAUUAAAUGAUCCAAAUCCAUAAUAACAAGUUUGUUUUUCAAAUAAAUAAAAAAAUGUAAUACA